AUGGAAGACGUCCCCCUCGAGCACGGCUCCCUCGAGCACCUCCUCCCGCCCUCCUGGAAGACCCUCGUCACCGCCUGGCUGGCCGAGGACACCCCCUCCUUCGACUACGGCGGCUUCGUCGUCGGCUCAGACCCACGCAAGGCCACCCUCUGGGGCAAAUCCGGUGGCAUCGUCGCCGGCCGCCCCUUCGUCGACGAGAUCUUCCGGCAGUGCGACUGCACCGUCGAGUGGCACGUCAAAGAAGGUUCCCACAUCGAGCUGCGCGGCCACGGCGGCGCGCCCAAGGGCAAGAUGGCCGUGGCGACCGUCACGGGCCCGACGCGCGGGCUGCUCCUCGGCGAGCGGGUCGCGCUCAACACGCUCGCGCGGUGCUCCGGGGUGGCGAGCAUGACGCGCGGGAUGCUGGUGAACCUGCGCGCGGCGGGGUACCGGGGCGUGCUGGCGGGCACGCGCAAGACGACGCCGGGGUUCCGGCUGGUGGAGAAGUACGGCAUGAUGGUCGGCGGGGCGGACGCGCACCGGCACGACCUGAGCUCGAUGAUCAUGCUCAAGGACAAUCACGUGUGGAGCAAGGGCAGCAUCACGAACGCGGUGCGGGCGGCGAAGAGCGUGGGCGGGUUCAGCUUGAAGGUGGAGGUGGAGGUGCAGAGCGAGGCGGAGGCGGACGAGGCGAUUGAGGCGGGCGCGGACGUGGUGAUGCUGGAUAACUUCACGGGCGAGGGCGUCAAGGUUGCGGCGAGGAGUCUGAAGGAGAGGUGGGCUGGCAAGAGGCACUUUCUGGUCGAGGUCUCGGGCGGGUUGACGUUGGAGAAUGUGGAGAACUACGUGUGCAAUGAUGUGGAUAUUGUUUCGACGAGCGCGAUUCACCAGGGCGUACCACACGUCGACUUCUCGCUCAAGGUCGAGCACUAG